AUGUUAAUCCAGUCUGGGGUACCCCGAAAACUGCUCUGUGAACUCUGGCAACAAUUGGCUGAAUUGAAUGUAACCAAUCCGGUUUUAUUUGGCAAAAAUGGCAUUAUUAAGCCUUAUCCUAAUGAAACGUCUACUGGCCAAUGUGGGCAGGAUAAAUCCGAAGAGGUUGAAGAUGCUGAACAUGCAUUAUUACUUCGACUUCAUGCUCUGGGAACCCAUAGUCUCUGGCACACAAGACGCCGUCUUCUUGCCUUUUGGCGCUUACAGCCUUGCCGUGCAGAGGCCGUGCUUGAGGCACUUUUGGCAGCUAGUCCAGCUGGUUCUCUGUCGUCUGAAAUGACAGCCUCCGUUGCUAGUGCCGUGGAACAAUUAGCUUACUUACAAGCAAAGCUGCUUGCUGCAAUAAAUAUGGACCAGCAACUUGAGGUGCAUGAAAUUUUCCAGCUCGCUGCUUUUUUCCAUUUCUUUUCAGUUUUUGAUUUGGAUAUUCUCUCUAAAAUGCAGUUUGUUUGGUCUAGUCAUAAGAAACUAUUUUUAGUAUAUUAUGAAGAGUAG